AAAUCUUGACGCAACGGGCACACUGAGAGGAAGACGCGGCGCCGUUUGUUGGGAAUCUCACCGCGCGACAGGGCACGGCACGGCAGGCUUUGGGGAAGUCGAAUCCGCGCUUCCCACCUGUAUAUCACCGGACGCACGCGUGGCGGAGAAGCGGAAGAUUAUGGCGACGUUGGGACCGGAGUCGGCUCGCCCUCCCCUCGCCCAGCUCGGAUCUCCCCCGUCUAACCAGCCUCACGUCGGCUGCGCGAACCUGCCUCCCAACCGGGGCUUGGAGCGCGCGCUGGAGGAGGCGGCGGCCAGCGGUGUGCUGAACCUCAGCUGCCGCAAGCUGAAGGAGUUUCCCCGGACCGCGGCCAACCACGACCUGAGCGAUACGGUGGAGGCAGACCUCUCAAAGAACCGGCUGAGCGACAUCCCCUCAGAGGUCUGCCACCUGGUCGCCUUGGAGACACUAAACCUGUAUCACAACUGCAUCAGGACCAUCCCAGACAGCAUCAUCACCCUGCAGUCGCUCACAUCGUUGAACCUCAGUCGGAACCAGCUGGGCUCUCUGCCGUCGUGCCUCUGCGGUUUGCCUCUGAGGGUCCUCAACGCCAGCAACAACAAACUGGUGAGCCUGCCGGAGACCAUCGGGCAGCUGCACAGCCUCAUGGAGCUGGACAUCAGCUGUAACGAGAUCACGGCCCUCCCCCGGCACAUCGGCCGACUCAAAGCGCUGCGGGAACUUAACGUGCGGCGAAAUCUCCUCUGCGUCCUGCCGGAAGACCUGGCCGACCUCCCGCUGGUGAAGUUCGACUUCUCGUGUAACAAGGUGUCCACCAUCCCGGUGUGCUACAGGAAGAUGAGGCAGCUGCAGUCACUGCAGUUAGAGAACAACCCGCUACAGAGUCCACCUGCACAGAUCUGCAUCAAGGGUAAAGUCCACAUAUUCAAGUAUCUGAGCAUCGAGGCGUGUCGCAGCGAGAAGAUGCCCGACUCGCUGUACCUCCCCGUCAUGGAGCGACUCAGUUUCACUCGCCCCUCCACUGGCAGUGUGGAGGACAUGGAGCAACAGAAGAAGCAGGACAGCGACUCAGGAGUAGGCAGCGACAACGGAGACAAGAGGCUGUCUGCUACCGAGCCUUCAGACGAAGACAGUCUGAGUCUCAACGUGCCGAUGAGCAACAUUACAGAAGAGGAGGGACUCAGCAAAGACGACUCCAGCGAACACAUCAGCUCCCUGACAGCCGACCCGAACUCCGACUCGGUGCGCCUGAUAGAAGAGAGUCCUACGGAAGCCCUGAAUGACCCGCUGAGCUACAGAGACUCGUCUCUCAGCAGUCGCUUCAUCAGCUACAUCAAGGGCCGAACGGCAGCGGACUUCGAAGAGCCCCUCAGGAUAGAGGAAGACUCACACUGGCAGACAGAGCAGACGUCAAAGGUCUCGAGGGGCACAGAGCUCCAUAUUGACAUGAUUAACCAGCUACAGGAGGCGGUGGAGCUGCUGCAGAACCCCAGCAGAGUGAGCGCAGAGCAGGAUGAUCUGUCUGAAGUCCAGCUGUACCCGGUGGAGAUGGUCACCGUGGAGGAGUCGUUCAACGGACAAGACAGCGAUGAGGGAAGCACAACAUCAAAGCGCAUGGAGGAGGGAGGCUAUGAGUUCCAGAAGAAGAGGCGGAUGAUUCUAGAAAAGGCCCGCUUUGAGGCCCAGCUUGCGUGCCGGGACUAUGAGUGGCAUAUGUCCCUGAAGCAAGAACACCGAUCUCCAACCAUGGGACCUCCAUCUCUCUCCAGUCCGCCGUUUGGGCUGAAACCUCGCUCAGCCCCGCCCUCACUGCCGUGCUCACCCCCUCCUUCCUGUCUAGACCCCUCCCUCCUCUCACAGGCCUCACCCCUACAUCGUAGACAUGGCGACGGAGGCAUGCUCAGCCCGGUGUUCCUGCGGAGCCACAAGAGCAUGGAGUCCGUGGACCCCCAGUUCACCAUGAGGAGGAAGAUGGAGCAGCUGAGGGAGGAGCUGGAGCUCAUGGAGCAGCUGAGAGACAUCAUCGAGAGCCGACUGAAGGUGGUCCUCCCUGAAGACCUGGGCUCGUCUCUGAUGGACGGCGUCGUCCUCUGCCAUCUGGCCAAUCACAUUCGCCCGCGCUCCGUCGCCAGCAUCCAUGUCCCCUCGCCCGCCGUGCCCAAGCUCAGCAUGGCGAAGUGCCGGCGGAACGUGGAGAACUUCCUGGACGCCUGCAGGAAAAUAGGCGUGCCGCAGGACAAGCUGUGUCUGCCUCACCACAUCCUGGAGGAGAAAGGCCUGGUGAAGGUGUGCGUCACGGUGCAGGCCCUGGUGGACGAGGCCUCCUCCAAACCCCCCGUGCUGGUGUGAGCAGCGCAGCAGCGGGACCGACGCCGCUCCGCGCAACGUGACGCCGCGGUUCACCUCUGCAUCGCUCGCAGUAUCGCAGCACUUUGAAUUCCCCCUCGUCGGCGUGCAGAAAGGGAACCAAUUCCGUCUGGAGUGGGUUUAUUAUUUACUAACUCAGAAAGAGGAAGGCUGAAUCGAGCGUCUUGGCUCACUGCAGGUGUUUGUUUUUUUUUUUUUUUUUUUAAACCCUAAAAAUCAGGAGUUUAGGAUCCUUUUUUUUUUUUUUUUCUUUACUGUGGUCAGCUAAAAGGGCAGACGUAGAGCCCCACAUUUUUUAGGUUUUAAACUAGAUUAAGAAAAUCUUCACACUGGCUGGUCCCCACUAUUUUUGUAAAAUAUUGUGACAGUUAUGAAAAGGAAAAAAGAAUUUCACAAAAAACAAACAGAAAUCGAGAGGAUGCAGUGGAGCCACGCAGUGUUUGUGGAUUUUUCUGUGGAACGUAAAUUCCAAGUUAUUCGUGGAAAAUUCGCCUCGUAGCGUUUUUGUUGCAGAACAUAUCUAAAAUGUUAGAUAUUAUCAAAUAUUGAAAAGAAAAUGCAGCUUGAGAAGCUGAAAUAGCUUAGUGCAAUGCUACUUGACACGAUAUUGGCUGGUGUUUGCACAGCAGUGUUUGUAUUAGAGUACAAAUUUUAAACCAAUUUUUACACCCAAAUUUGCAAAACUACCACUUCACGUUUUUCUGUCCCAUAACAUGCAAGAAAAGACAUUUUUCCAAGGCUGUGUUCUAUACUUCAGCAUAGAGAUGUUUAUUAGCCAGAAGGAUGUUGGCCAGUAGCCAAUCCAGGACAACCAUCAUGGACGACGUAAUAAUUGUGAGUCACAUUUAGAGAAUAUUUGUUUGGUCCCUCCCAAAAUUAAUAACUAAAUAUUACUUCCCCCAGUGCUGUUUCUGUUGACCUUUUGCAAGUACGUCACCUAAUCAUGUAAAGCUGCCAUGACGGACGUCAGAAGGGAGGAACAGGAGUAUCAAAAGGAGCGAUUGUGAUUGUUUUCCCAGGUUUUUGUUUCUAUAUUUCUAUGGCUCCUACUGGUUCCACAGAGCUAGUUUAUCUGUGGAAGUACACUUGGGGCUCAUAGGCAGCAGUAUUUACAAAAGUUUGAAAUAGCGAGCUUAGAAACCGGCCCAUAUCUUUGCCUUUCUGAUGUUUUUGUUGAUUUGAUCAAAUCACAGACUUUGCUUGAAUUGACAUACCACUUUAUAAACAAUGGUCUGUUUUACACCAUAGAACAACUUAAAGUGUACAAAAGUCUAAAUUUUUUAGACUAAAGUUCUAGACGUUAGCAUGCAUCUUUUUCCAUAUCCUUUUUGUAUAUGGUAGGCUAUAUGAUGGCGGGGCAUUUCUCCAUGGUUAUCAUGGUUAGCCAAGUACCUUCUCCAUAAUACAGUAUUAGCUGCAUUUCCAUUACAAAUUUGUGCAAAACUUUUAUUAAAAGUUUAUAAUGAGAACUUUUAGCACAAGUGGAAAGUGAGACUGUUGGAGGCGGAGUCUUGCUGCUACGCCGUCACAAACCAGACAUGUUAAAAAGACGGUAUAAGCCUUUGAACACCGAUGGUUUAAUGUACCGAUACUCACGGAUGAAAAAUCGAUACUUUCCGAGGGGAAAAAAAUCGAUAAAUAUCUUAGAAUCGAUUUCAUUAUACAGCCCUACUUCCCAGUGCAAAACGUUUUAAUUGAAAAUCGAAAUUGCCCCGUUUCUAUUGGGCACAUUUAUUUUCAAAAUGUCAAUGGAAAUGCAGCUACAGAUUACAUUUUACUAAUCUCACUUCCUUAAGAGGUGUAUUAACAUUAAUUUUCUUACCUUCCAAAAAUAUUUUCGCUCCACAUCGGUGAGUACAUCAAGGGCUGCUAGUCCUUACGAUUAGCCGCUACUAUCCAUCGCUGUCGUCUUUCCUCAUCAAAAGGUUUCCAGACAAAAAGUUUGUUGUGGAUUCAGGUCUGUUUUCAGACCAUUGUGACCCAUUUUACUGUGAAAUUAACUAAAUAAAAGCAGGAUUAGGCUGCGAUUGUCUGAUUUUUGAUCAGCUUUGCAGGAGCUAACGUGCACAUAUGUUGAUUUGACUCCCGUCAUGGCGGAGUGGGCUGCUUUCUGAAUAGCAUGGCGUCACGUGCAAAGGGUCAAUUGCUUCGUGAAAGAAUCCAUUUCACUUGAUUAAUAGGAAAAAUUGUCAUACCUCUAAAGCUCCACUCCGGGUUUUCCCAGUUACCUACGACAAUUCACCACCACAUGCUCCUAGCAUAAACAAAAAAGUGAAGGCUGGAUGUUAGCUUCUGCGGAAAAGCUAAUACGGUUUUCACUGUUCAUGUUAAUGUAGAUUGUAGACGAAGGUAUAUUAGAUAUUUGAACUAUUAAAACAGCCAGUGUUAAAAGUUUUUGUACAUUUUUCACAUAUUUCAACUAUUCAUGGAUAGCUGUGGUCUCUAACCCCCAUGAAUACCAGGGUCCACUGUACUGUUACCAACUAUGCUAUUUUAUGAGAAAAGCCAUAAAGAAAUGCCAAAUUUUUUAUUUUUUUUAUUUUUUAUUUUUGAUGAUAAAUCCAGAAAUUGGUAUUGUUCUUAAUGAGAUAUUUUUUACCAAAUGCUUUUGGAUGAAAUAGCAAAUUUAUUUAUUAUUUUUUUCUUUCUUUUCCCUUGAAAAAUCAAUGUAUUUAAAAUUUUCCUGACGUUUUUUUUUUUUUUUAAUCCCUUCUUUUGGCUUUAAACAUGAAUUGUUUUAAGAUACUUUAAAUUUUAUUGAGCAUAUUUGGACACAUUUAGACUUUUUUGGCCUAUUAGUCUGAAUAUUUUAGUCGCCUCAGUGAUCCCGCUGUCUAUGCACACAUCAUUUAAAAUGUUUUUUUUUUUUUUUUUGGGACUGUAUACAGAUAUAUUUGGUUGUUUUUCUACUGAGCUUGUAGCUGAAAUGUUUUUGCUCUCACUUCUCUGAAGAGAAUCAAACCAAAAUACUAAAGUCUUAUGACAGAGGGAGAAGGCUUUUUAUCUACUUCUAUUUAAACCUGAAGAUAUUUAUAAUAUAAAGAGAAGCUGAAAAAAAACAGAGGCUUGAGUUGUUGUAUAGAGUCAGACAGAAAUAGGCCAAAGCUAUUUUUCUCUAAUAUAUUUUGGGUAUAAGUGUGUAUAUUAUCUAAAGUUUACCUGUGACUGUCUCUGAAGCGGGUGUCUUUCUGUCACUGUCUCUCUGGAGGACACUAAUCUGACUUUCUCUGCGUCGUUUUCUCGUGCCCCGCUAACCGAUUCAUCCAGUGGAAAUGGAACAGAUGGACUCGUUGACGUGUUCCCGUCAGAUGCAGUUUGUUUAAUGUGCCAAAACACACGGCGUUAAUAAGAAAAAACAGACAAAAGGUGUAACGAGACAAAAUGUGGAGAAGCUCCAGCACUGUACAUUUCUGUGUCUGCCCCCUAGGGGCCGCCGCUUGUCAUUGAUUUCUUAAAACUCGAUGACUCAUGAAUAUCUGACAUUGGGACAUUGGGACACAGGUAGAGAAGUGAGCUAAUCGUCGCGCCUCUCGUUCAGGCCUGGACUGCUGAAGUGGUUUUUUUUGGGGGCGGGGGGGUUUAAGACAUUUUGAAAUAAUUAUAAUUUUGAGUUUUAAAACGUCUCGGAACAAAAAGUCAGAUUCUCACAGCUCUGAAGAGCAAAAUUCAAGUUAAUGUAGCAAAACAUUCCUUUGGCCUGCUGACUGCUCUGAAGAGGCUUUUUCUGUGUGUGUGUGUGGGUGUGGGCAUGUGUGUGAGUGUGUGUGUUUCAGGCUGGAGUUGUUGCUGUGUGAGAUUACAGACUGUGUGAUUCAGGGUGGGCUAGGUUUACUGCACUGUUGAUGCCUCAUUACCCAGCGUGCUUCGUCAACAGUAUUUACAGUGUGUGUGUAAGUGUGUGUGUGGCCUUUGGCAUCAUGUUGCUCUGCAGACCUGGCAAAAAUGGAUGCAUUAAAGGGGCAGAAAAAAAUCUGUUGCCCGCAUUGAACUCUGUAGUAAGAGAACAAGAUGUUUUACCUCCUGAACUUUGAACCACAUCCUUUUGUCUGGACGGAGACUAAACGCCGCUCAUAACUAAUGCAUAUAAACGCAGAAACUCUCA